GAGCAUUUCUACAGCGAGUCGCGCGUGUCGUCCUAGUUGAUCAGUUGACAUUUGAUAUGACAUUCUAACAACUUUAUAACCUAAAUUUCGAACAGUCAAUUGACAAAUACGUCCUUGCUGACUUUUCCAUCGCAUAUAAAACGUUUAUUUUCGUCAACCUUAUUUUAUUUUUAUUUUUGAGAAUCGUAAAUCUUUCGGAUUCGGAGAACAGGUGUUUUUUCUCAUCUAGAUGGAGCCGGCAAAAGAAAUCGAUAUUUAUAGAGAUACACCUUUGAGGCUGCUGGGCUAUGCGAAUGAGUUAGCUGAAGCUUUGCGGCCUGUCAUACAUCGUUAUGUCCUGAGAACAGGCUAUGGUGUGGCAACUUUAUACAUGUUUGCUGAUGUGGCUGAUAAAUCUUACGCUAAAGCUGAGAGUUGCAAACCAGGUGACAAGCAUUGGAUUGGCACUGCAAUCGACGUGGGUAUCUGGCAGAGUCUUGCAUCUCUGAUUGUACCGAGCGUAUUUAUAAAUAGAUUCGGCGCAGCCAGUCGUUACCUGAUGCUAAGGACAACCAAAUUACCUGUAAAUAGAGUUACAAGGAUUAGCGUGUUCCUAUCAUUGGCCACCAUUCCUCUAAUCGUCAAACCUAUCGAUAAAUCCGUUGACUUAGUGAUGGAUACAUUUAUAAGAGAUGCUCUGGGAACGAAAGACGACUGAAUGAUUGAUCUUGAGAUGAUCGUCAAUUGUCUCAAUAAUUCUAGUUACCACUGUAACAUGUGAUAGUAAAUAUAGUAUUGUAUUGUUAUGUAGCUUGUCGACCAUGUGAGAGAAUAUAUUGAAAUAGAUGAAAGAAGAUUCCUCACUUUCCAAGAUAUUAGAUUACUUUAGAUGAUGUUGAAGAAUAUUUGAUACUUUAUUCAUAAAAGUUGCUCAGCACAUGCUACGUUAAAAUUGAAUUAUAUAAUUCUGUCGACGAGAACUUGCCAUUUUGCUAUGAACUAUCAGUUCUGUACCUUUUGAGUACAACCUUGAUUUGUUGCUCUAUGCUGCAGUAUUCAAAAUCUGUUGAUAGAAUCUCAUACUCUUCCUUAUGAUAUUUACUUGUUCCAAACACUUCUCCCAAUUCAAUUAUUUCAAGAAAAUUCAUCUACUUAUGUACCGGUUCUAAGUCUACUUAAAAUAUACUCUUGGGCAAUGCAAGUUAUUAUUCACUCUACUGAGGAUUGUCUAAAUUGUCAUAGGCCUAAUCAGUACUCAUCCAAAAAUUUCUAUUCAUUUACACAUAGGAGAGCUCUUCUGCUCUGAUAGGAUAACUUAUACAAUAUCCUAAUGAUCGGAAACUGAAAAUCUCAAUUAGUACGGUACUUUACAAUGUUGAAAUGACUAAAAUGAGAAGAUUUACCAGUUUUAAGUUUGAUUUUCAUUAAACAGUGGAAUAGUUUUUACUUCAAACUAAAAUUAUGUUUUACAUUGUGCUUUACAGUCUGUACCUUUUCAUGAUUAUAGUGUUGGAUAUUGUCAUUCUAAGUCUAUCAAUAUUCGAACAUAAUGACCUCAGUUUCUUUGGUCUCAUGCUAUGUGUGAAUCUAGUAUAUGUUACAGUCAUAUAUUGCACAAUCGACUUCAAGAUUAAGCACCUACUUUCGAAAAUCUUGACUUUCGAAUAUUUUAUUAUUGUAUAUGUAUGCAAAAAAUAUAACUUUGAUUUAGAUCUUAAGUUAUGUCUUGACAGAAUAGAAAUUUAUCAAUAUUAUAAUGCUAACUCUAAAACCAGAGUCGGUUCCACUGUAUAUGAAAUCCGAUUUAAUCAGAGGAUGGUGAAAAACCAUAAAGUGCACUUACCAAUGAAUAUAACCUUUUUAUCAAGAACAAACCAAUUCAAUGCAAAUCAAAUCAAUUUAUUUUCUAUUUCUUACAAUAUAUACAGAGCAUGAAAUUACCAUAGUUACUGCAAUAAUUACCAUAUACUAAUUAAAAAACUAAUUAGUAACUAAAAAAUCACAAUCAUACCCUGAAGAACAUUACAAAAAAUCAAUUCAUAUGGAAAAUAAUCCCAAAGGUUACAAAUACCUGUUUGGGCCGAAAAAACGACUUAAAAUAAAAAAGAAGUGUUACAGUUAACAAAGCAAAUUAAGAAAGAGUAAAAAAAGACAAGAAAAAAAAGGAAAGAGAACUUCAGUAUCAGUUUAACAUUAUAAAAAUACUAACAAUAUUACACUAUACACAAUAACAUUACAAACUAGAAAAAAUGUCGCGCUUAUCAGUUGUAAAAAAGUGUACUACUGUGCAGGCCUGCAGUUCAAACAAUAUUUUCAUAUUAACUAGAAACAUCUUCAUGUAUCAGAUGAUUAUGCAAUAAUCUGCAGAAAGUUGUCUUCUGCCUACACCUUUUUAUGUCCACAGGGAGCCUAUUGAAAAACGUUGGUGCUAGAAAUGUGAAAAUAGUAAAGUUGGGCUUAGGGACUUGCACAUUUUGUUGAUUCCUCCCAAUCCUGCGCAUAUAUAUCAGCUGCAUUUCGCCACUCCUAUCAAAAAAUAGCUUCAGGGUUUUAUAAAUAUAUAAGUUCCUGAUAGGCAGUAUUCUGAGCUCUUCAAAAAUUGGUGCUGAGUGAUCAUAUCUCGUUUGUUUGCAUUGUGCAGCAAGCGCACAAAAGGAUAAUAUAACACUUUACUCAAAAUUAUUUGUUGUCAAAAUAAUUACAAUUUGAAUUCGAAAGUUUUGUUCACUGUUGAUUAAUAGAGAAAACUCAAUAACAGUUUUUAUGUGUUAUUUUAAAUGUUUCUCUUCCCAAAAAAUAGAUACGGAUUAUUCGGGCUUCUCAGUUAGUGGGGUCCGGGUUAAUAAGGCUCUACUGCUUUUUUGUUUUACAGUAUUUUAUUGAAACAAUCCUUUGUCGUUUUUGAAAUGAUUCAAUACAUAGAACAAGUUAUUGGAGCCUGAUUUAUCGUUGCAAUGCUGUUCUGUCUAAAUGAUUAUCCUUUUCAUUCAAUGUGCCAUUGACUUGAACUAUUAUUUCCAUAUCUUCUAAUAUAAUUGUCCAUUGCUGAUUUGAAACACCCUUUCUCGGUUUCCUUCUAGAUAUAACCUUCGGUAUCCCUACUCCUCAAAUUCCAGUUGUUCAUCACACACAAAUAGUUUAAUUUUGAAAAUUCAAUUUCCUAAUAAAUAAUUUAUUAUCCAGCCAUUUGUGUUCCAAACAGUUAUCAAUUCAACAAUGUGUAUCUGUGAAUCGGAAGGAAUAAUAAAUAAUGCUUCAUGAACUAUUAUUCUUUCAUCUGCAUAAUAAGGCUGAAAAACACUUUUCAACAGAGCAAAACAUUAUAUUUUUCUAUAGUUAUAAACACAGAUAAAUUUCCUAUCUGUUAAAAUUCGUUUUUAAGGAUGUUUCUACAUGUAUAGCGUUACUUGUCAAAUUAAUUCAAUUUUUUAUAAUUUAAAAUUAUCUUUUAUUUUAUAUCCAUAUAGUUAAUUGUUUUCAAUUAAUAUUGGCUCAAUUUUAAGGAAUUAUGAAUCUCAGCUAUUAAUCACUAGCAGCUUAAGCUUAGCCUAGUUGUAUAAAUUAUGUUCAUAAUAAGUUACAAGUUGUAGUCUUAUUUGUAAUGAUAUUUGUUGAAGUUUACAAUUAAGAGAUGAGAUUUAUCUUGAUUUUUUGUUUAUUUAGUGAGAUAUUAAUUGUAUCAGAUUGUGUUUAGUUAUAAAUUAUGAAACCCACUCCAGUUCGUAUUAAACAUACAACAUUUGUCAACAACUUAAAUAAAUAUAUAUAUAUAUA